AUGGCCCUGCUUCCGUUCUGUUAUUUCAUCCUCUGUCCGCUGGUCUCGCGAGGGCGGGGUCAGUGGCGCCAGGAUGGGCCAGAGGCAGCUUCAGUAGCAUGCGCCCGUCCCCGCAGUGAAUGUCAUGCAUCUCAGAUAUGCGGCCCCUCUCCUCCCACCUGCAGAAACCGCAGGACUAGAGCAGGCAGAAUACAGGCAGCACAUCCUUCCUCCCCUUCCAUCUGCUCUCCUCCUGAUCCCGCCUCCUUCUCUUACCUUGAGUCAGUAGAAGUGAAUGUGUUCUUAAGCGAGCGGGGCUCAAGCUCUUGUAGUGACUGCAGCAUGGAUGAGAGCUGGUUUGUCACCCCUCCCCCCUGUUUUACUGCAGAGGGAGCCACGGCGGAGGCUAGCCCCAUGGAGGACCUCCUCAUCGAGCACCCCAGCAUGUCCGUGUACGUCUCAGCUGGCCCUCUCCCGGUGGAAGAGAGCACCACCAGCCUGGCUGGCAGUGUCAGCCGGAUGUCUGAAUCAGCAGUGCCUGCUGUGACCAGGAGCAGCAUGCCCACACGGGUGACCCGAGGAGCAGCCGCACAGGCUGGAGCCCUUGCUAAAGUCACCCAGGUCUCCAGGGUCCAGAGGGCCAAAGCCCGCACUGAGCGUCGCCACCUGGCACGCAACCGCAUGCAGCGACAAAACCGUGUGCGUGAACAGGUCCAGAGGCGCGCGACCCACACCCGCAACUCCUUCCUGCACCAACCGUGCCAGCGCAACUUCUGCCACUGAGGCAUCAAAGUUUACAUUGAGGGCAUUAUUACACACCCCAAGAAACCCACACCUCCCAAUGAAUCCCCUACCUUCUUAAUUGACCUCUAAAGUCCUCCUUUUGCUUUUACUGGUUUUAUGUCAAUAAUUGUAUUCAGUUUCAUAUUAAUCAGGUUUGUUUUUGAGCACCAGCCUAAAUCAGUUUCCCAGUCUGGGAGUAUAGCUGAAAAGGAGACGCGUGUAAACUCUGUAUCUUUACAUGCAUCCCUCUAAAUGUAUAACAAUGACACUUCAGGUAUAUUGGCACUGUUCGUUGAAAUAUAAUCAGGUUAAAUUGUCAAAAGAAUGAGCGAAGCACUGAAUGCUUCAUAGAAACAUGACCCUAAGAUUUACAGAAGAGAUUCGUACCCUGCAAUGUCACAUUGAAAAAAAGCUACUACAGCAAUGGUACAGCAAAAGGGUCACUUAAAAACAACAAGAAUGAUAUGUAUGUAGAUAAAGGUGUGAGCAAGAAUAGAAACAGAUACAAGCAGUUGAAAGUUUGCAGAGCAAGACAAAUCUAGUGGGAUAUGUUUGUAAAGAGGUCAUUUUGAAGUAGAUGUUGCUGCCUGAUUUUCAGCAUAGUGGUGCUAACGUUCAAAAGUAAUUCAACCCCCAAAAAAUUUCAUUUAAUUGUUUGCUAUUAUAUGACCUCUGUUCCUAAACCUAGUGGGAUCCCUAUCUAGACAGCAUCUAGGAAACACCUUUUAUAGGUGUGCUUCCACAAGACCGUUUCAAUGAAGAAAUCAAUUCAAGAUGGUGGCGAAAGCGGGCACUGUCAAUUCUGUACAUACUCCGAAUGGGAAAAAAUACCCCAGUGUAUUUAAAAAUAGAUAUUUUCACCCAAUAUUUAUGUGUGCUAUGAAUCUGUGCUUAUUAGAGUGUUGCCUUGCGUUAGCUUAGCAACAUGCUAACACCAAACUCUAUUGGAAUCAACUAUAAGCAUCAAAACUCUUGUGCACUUUGUCACUCAUUCAGUACCAAAAAGUAUAGAAAGCAGCUUAGCAGCAUGUUACCAUCAAAACCUAUUGAAGUCUAUUUUAAUUCAUGUCUCUUGAGGCAGCUUCUUAAGAAACAGAGCCUUCAGGUAAACUGAGGUCGAGUCCAUCAAGAAUAGUACUCAUACUAUGCCAACAACACAUUACUAAUUAUCUUUACAGCUCACAUGAUCAACAUAUAGAACGAAGAGAGGUUGCCAUAGGCUAUGGAUAUAAUUGCUUAGAAUGUGCAGGAUAGUAUAGAUUGUGACUCUUUAUUUGCUUCAUGGAGAAUUACUGAUGGGUGAAUCUCACAAAACAUGUCAAGAUGGCUGCAUAUUGUGCAUAUUACAAUUGCUUUUGGGAUGCAAUUUGUCUUGAUGUUUUUGUGAGAUUGACCACAAAAAACAAAAACAAAAAAAAAAUCAGUCCCUUCAUGUACUUGUCCACUGCAAAGUUUUCAGUGUAGCUCGAAAGUUCCCCUGUCACUAGGGUUUGAACGACUUCUGAUUUUAUAAAGUCGACUAGUCGCUGAUGAUGUCAUUAAUGAACAAA